CUCCCCCCCCACCCUCCCCCCCCGCCCCAACCUCCCCCCCGCCCUCCCCAUCCCCGCCGCCAGCCAUGGCCGACAUGAAGACCGGCAUCUUCGCCAAAAACGUCCAGAAACGCCUCAAUCGCGCCCAGGAGAAGGUACUUCAAAAACUAGGAAAAGCAGAUGAAACAAAAGAUGAACAGUUUGAAGAAUACGUUCAAAAUUUCAAACGGCAAGAGGCAGAGGGUUCCAGACUCCAGAGAGAACUGAGAGGAUAUUUAGCAGCCAUCAAAGGGAUGCAAGAUGCCUCAAAGAAGCUUACAGAGUCUCUUCAUGAAGUGUAUGAGCCAGAUUGGUAUGGACGGGAAGAUGUGAAAAUGAUUGGAGAGAAAUGUGAUGAACUUUGGGAAGACUUCCACCAAAAACUGGUGGAUGGGUCGUUGUUGACUUUGGAUACAUAUCUAGGACAAUUUCCUGAUAUCAAAACUCGCAUUGCAAAACGAAGCAGAAAGCUAGUGGACUACGACAGUGCAAGGCAUCAUCUAGAAGCCCUGCAGAGCUCAAAAAGAAAAGAUGAAGGCAGAAUUACCAAGGCAGAAGAAGAAUUUCAAAAAGCCCAGAAAGUGUUUGAAGAGUUUAACACUGAUUUACAAGAAGAGUUGCCAUCUCUGUGGUCACGACGAGUUGGCUUCUAUGUGAACACCUUCAAAAAUGUAUCCAGCCUCGAAGCCAAGUUUCACAAGGAAAUAGCUUUACUAUGUCACAAACUGUAUGAAGUGAUGACAAAGCUUGGAGAUCAGCACGCAGACAAGGCCUUCACCAUUCAAGGGGCACCAAGUGAUUCAGGUCCACUCCGCAUUGCAAAAACACCGUCACCACCAGAGGAGGUCUCUCCCUUGCCUAGCCCUACUGCUAGUCCCAACCAUAUGCUGGCACCAGCAUCUCCGGCACCAGCCCGACCUAAGUCACCCACACAGCUGAGGAAAGGUCCGCCAGUCCCACCACUGCCUAAGCUCACACCCACGAAGGAGUUGCAACAGGAGAACAUCAUUAACUUCUUUGAUGACAACUUUGUCCCAGAAAUCAAUGUGAUGACCCCAUCACAGAAUGAAGUUCCCGAAGCUAAGAAAGAGGAAUCUUUGCUAGAUUUGGACUUCGACCCUUUCAAACCAGAAGUUGUAUCAACAGGAGUUACUCAUUCACCCAUGUCUCAGACAUUGCCAUGGGAUCUAUGGACGACAAGCAGCGAAUUGGUGCAGCCGCCUGAUUCUUCAAAAAGUCUUUCCCUGUGUAACCUGAUCAUGGAGGAAACCCCAAACAGUGGGUCAUCAGAAGAUACUAACAGAUCUCAAACUGAUCUAGGUUCACUCAACUGGGGCCUAGAUGUUAGCACACCCAGUGUCAGCCAGGAAAUCGCUGCAGGUGGUUCUUUGCUUUUCUCUGUGGCAGAGCAAACCUCAAGCGAAUCCACGGGUACUCUGCCUGCUAGUGUUUGGCCUGCUGUAGGUGAGCAGGAGGAUGCUGCACCAGGGUCAGCUUCUGUAAACGAAAACCAGAGGACUUCACUGGAGGACCAGUUGGAUGCCAAAAAUGUCCCAUGGGAAGAUGUGGUGACAAAUCAGCCUUUAGAGAACAUAACCAGUUUUGAGAUGCCCAUCCUGGGAACUGAUAGCUUGUUGGAUGAACCCCUCCCAUGUGAUGUGCAAAAGGCAGAGGAAGAGCGGGAGGAAGACGAGUGGGCAGGUGUCAAGCCAAGUGAAAAGGUAGAGACCAGAGCUGUUAACUACAAGGAGGUAGAAGGUACAGAGGAACUGGAAGAGCAAGGUUGUGAAACCAAAGGAAACAGUGAGGCAGAACUUCAUAAGGGUAUAGCAAAAUCAGAUCUUCAAAUUUUAGUCAGCACAGAGGUCGAAAAUUUACAUGAGUUGGAAGAUAAUGAUGGGGAUACUGGGAGAGCUAGUGGUGCUAACAUAGAAAACCCUAGGGAAGAAGAAUUCAAAUGGGUCAAUGUCACUGAGGAGACAGAUGGAGAAAUACCAUUGUUGACCACAGGGCUGGAAGGUGGGGACAAAAUAGUAGUGCACAACUGUAAAACUAUAGAAAGCACUGGCGCUGAACCUGAGAGAGUCUUUGGUAUCUGGGAUCAGGACCAUGAAAGGACAUUUGAGGAUGGCUUAGACCAAACUGACAGUGGUACUGGAGAGAGUACAUCCAUGGAGUGUACAAACAUGACAGCCCAUGUUGACCUAGAGGUAACUGACCACACAGAAAAGGAUCCUACAGAUGCUGGAAAUGUUCUGUGUGAUGCUGAAUUAUUCAGUGCAGAAGAGUCUGGUAAAGGAACUGAAGACAAUAGCAUCAGCCUCCUCCCAAAUGGUAGCGCUGCUGCUGAAGGUCAAGCUGCUGCUGAAAAAGAGUGGGCAUUGCUGCCUGAGACAGCUGAUGCUGCUAGCGCAAGCUGUGGUAGUCCUUGCCUAGAUAAUGCAGAAGACCAAGUGACAGGUAGGGCAGCAGCAGCAGUCACUGAAGAGCAUCCCAGUAGCAGUGGUGUUCCUGAAGCCUUGGAAACAGACCCCUGGUUGGCAAACUGGGAUCCAACAGUUACUAAUGAUUCCUGGGGUUUUUCUAAUCUGUCAGAUGGCCAAGCCAAUGGACUGGAUAAUUGGCCCUUUUUCCCCAAGCAGCAAGACUCAGAGGAAGGUAACAUGGAAAAUGUUUGGUUAGGCAUUAGUGAUAAAUGGUCUACACAAGACCUAGGAGGGACUGAUAACAGCUGGGGAGAAGUAGGUGCAAGCACAAGCAAUAAAAGUCAGGAGGCACCAGUAAAACAAGGCUUGCCUGGGGAGCAGGCAGGCAUUAGAAAUCCUGGACCGAGCAAGGAGAUAGCUAGACCCUUGGCUCUGUUUCAAAUGGGAAAUUCCAGAAAUGCUAGCACCGAGAGUUCAACUAGUCCUAAAGACAAUGAGACCAACAACUCAGAUUUAUCUGAAGAUGAAAUUGCUAACCGGAGAUAUGGAUUGUUGUACCAGGAAAUUGAGGCUGAUAAAGAAGAGGCAUCCAGCACAGCAUUUAAUGGAUUUGCACAGGAUACCUCUGCAUUUACAGUGCAAUCAAAUGAGAAUGUGACAGAGUCUUUGACUGAGGCUGAAGAAGCUCCACCUGGGGAACCCAAGGUCGAGGAAACCCCUGCUGCUGCUGUUGCGGAAAAGGAGGCCAUCCCUGCUGAGCCUGCCAAGCCAGCAGAGCAGGCUGCGGACAGUGUCAAGGCAGGGGAUAAGGAGACAACUGGAGUUGCUGAGAAAGCAAGCGAGGUGGUACCUGUCGACGAGGGGGCUGCGGCAGCAGAAGACGGUGCCGCUGUGACAGCAGGAGCUGGUGCUGCUACCACUGAGCAGGAGGGUGUUGCUGAAGGUGACAAACCUCAGGGAGAAGAAAAGGAGGCUGACGUGUCUCAGGAAAAGGUCAGCAGCAUCCCUUCAGUAGUAAUAGAGCCAGCAUCAAACAACGAGGGGGAGGGAGAAGAACAUGACGUCAUUGUGAAUGAGUCCAAAGAUGCCGCAGCAGAGAUGGGCACUCAGGGCGCUGACACUUCUCCCAGUGAAACUUCCCAAGUUGGAAGUGAGCAGAAACCUGCUAAAGAAAUCCAGGCUGCACCUUCUCAAGAGCAGCCUGUUCCAGCAGAAGACGCAGCUUCUGCGAUGCCACCCGGCUUUCUUUUUAAGGUUGAAGUUCUACAUGAUUUUGAGGCAGCUAACAGUGAUGAGCUGAAUUUAAAACGAGGAGAUAUUGUACUAGUAAUUCCUUCUGAGACCACAGCUGAUCAGGAGGCUGGCUGGUUGACAGGCAUUAAGGAAUCCGAGUGGCUUCAGUACAGAGAUGCAAAUAGUUAUAAGGGACUUUUCCCAGAGAACUUCACACGCCAUCUGGAGUAGUUCUCCGCUCUGGCAGGCGAAUGUGGUACGAAGCUCAGUCAGUAGGUUUUUAACCUCUUUGAAACACAGGAGCCCACCUUUUUGUAGUUUAAGCUGUUAAUGGUUUACAGACUGGUGCCAGACAAAGCUUGUUGAAACAUAUCAAAAUGAGCAUGAAUGCAAACAGUUAAGCUAGCAAUUUCUAAAGCAGUACAUGAAAAAAAAUCGAAUAAAAAAGAAAUGUCCUUAUUUGUUCACAUGUACAUGGCAACAGGUUUGUUUGUGCUUUGUCAGAGCUGUGGUGAUCCUGUAUUUGGUCCUUUCCCAUGAAAUCUGAAAUUAGCCUCCUCAAUACCAAAACCUUAACUUCUCUGCACUAAGUGUAUUGUAUUGAGUUGCACUGCAGAAGAUUUAAUUAGUUAUCCUGUAGUAACGAGGUCAAACUAUUAUAAGUUUCAUGUGUUUAAAAAAAUAAUUAACUGCUGCAACGUUUUUCAAUGUUAUUUUUAGACAUGCAUAAUAUAUAUACACACAAGAACUUAUAUGUGUAUAUAUAAGUGCAUAUGGAUAUAUAUGCGUUUUCACGACUUCAUCGUAGUUCUUUGGCUGUGUAGUAUCAUCAGUUACAUGCAUUGCUCUUUCACUGUCUGGCAUUACAGGAAAUGGUUUUGUUCUAAAGCAAAACUAGCUGCUCCAUUGCCAAAACAUGAUACAGUAUCUGUGUUUGUAAUGUGAAAUUUUCAUUCUGAGAUGAUGAAUAACAUCAUGUUCAAAGCUGCUAAACCUUUGAGAAGGCAUGGCUCAGUCUCCUCUUCCAGCUGCAGUAGUUACAAUGAGAUAGUCUGGAGGGGGAGCUGUUAUGAUGCUAAUCUAUACUUUUUUAUUUAAUUGGCUGAAUAAAUUUAAAAAAAGAAACAGAACUAAUCUCUGAGAAGAAAUAAACACUAUAUAUUUUCACUAUAUGUAUUUAUGCAGCGUACCUUCACAGAUCCUUUUAAAGUAAGAUAUAUAAUGUAUCCUGUAUCAAAAAGUCAUCUGUAACUUAUGUUUUCCAGUGCUGUGUCAUUAAAAAUAAACCUUUGAUCCAAAGAA